AUUGAUCUAUUCGAUUUGGAAGCUGUCUGUCUAGGUCGACUCCAACGCCUUACAGUUUGGCAUACUGGAGAUCGUCCCGCAGAUAGCUGGUACUUGGAUGAGAUUAUAGUCCAACAACUCCCCGCUUUCUACGCUGGAGGCAGUCUCCUGACUGUUCGUCGAACCGAACCUCUGAUCCUGACCACAGCAACCAAUUCUCUCUCUUCGUCCCCCUCUUCAGUUUUCUCCUCUAGUCCUGUUUAUACAACUGCCACUUCAUCUCCUUUCAUUAAACCGCCCUUAACUCGACCUAUAGCUGCAGCAACCACAAGGUCCACCAUGCCUAAUGAGACGUCCAGCUCACUGCCAAAAUCUCCCGUUUCAAAUUUCGUCACUACAAAGGAAGAGGAGAGGAUGAAUUGCAAUGAUAUUUCAGUGGUUCGAGAGCAGGAGUCGAUUCAUGAGUCAGAUUUUGAGUCUGGACGAAGACCAGCCUAUCGGAUUCUAAAUGAUCGAAGAAUGAUGAAGCAUAGUGAAAUGCCGAUUGGACAGGUAACGGGUGCUCUCCUAUAA